UGAAGGUUGACGUAUCUACAAAAAAUAAGACAUGGACAGCAGACUGGUGUUUUUGGUGGUGUUUGUGAUCUCCUCUGCGGUGCUGUACAACAAGGCAAAUGGGGUCGAAACACCUUUAAAUUACAUCUUCACCCGCAGUGACUGUGGAACAACCAAACUCUGCGUGCAAAAACCGACUUCAUGUGACCCUUCAGGCACCUCCGAGUGCUUCUUCGCCUCUACAAGAUUCAACUUUAUAGAUUCACAUUUGGCCAUUGAGCUCAGCGGUUCCUCCACCGGUUACAUCGCCCUUGCAGCGGGAAUUAAAUCCGAUCUGGGGGAUAAUGCUGUCUUUGUCUGUACCAAUAACAAUGGCAGCUUGUUGUUCAGAGCCGGAACUUACAUAAACAAUAACCUGGUGAUACGUUCUUUCGGUGAAAGCAACAUCCAGUACCGUCUGAGACAGCCGAAUAUAAUUCAGUGUGCUUUCACCAUCCCCUUUAAGUUGUCUAAUAACAAUAUAAACAUCUUGGGCGUCAACUUUAAUGCCACCAACAUUCCUGUAUUCCUUGAGGUCUAUAAAGGUUCAUACAAUGGCACUGUUUUUGGAGAGCCGAUGAGUGCUUUUGGCUCCUCUGUUUCUGUAAAUCUGGCUGAUGUUAAGUCUUCUGGUGCCACAAAUUCAAUCUCCACCACCACUGCUCUUGGUCUGCUGGCUGCAGUCGCUCUGCGUUUUCUCUGAAGGAAAAGAUGUUGUAGUUGUGCAAUAAGUAUCUGUGAUGUAGAAUGUGUAUUUGAUGUUUAACCUCUGGUAGGAAGAGUAGAUUAUUCUCCACUGUUUUGGCAUUGGUCUGUAUGUAAAGCCAACUCUUUUCACUCAGGUGUUUUAAUAGUACUGGAUCUUUAUCAUUUAUUACUGGUGGAAAUGAUCAUGAAAACUCACUUUUAUAUAUUACCCGGUGAUUUGAAGUAACAUUAAUGCUACACUGAUGACAGUAAACGUGAAUAUUUUAACUAAUUUAAUUUAACAAAUGUAAUGAAUAUGACAAUAGUGUUCUUUUGUGAUGUUAAAUACUGAAGAUGAACACUACAUAAAUUAAACUCCUUGUUUUGGGAAACUGAUGGCAUUGUCUUUCUUUCAUCACAUGAUUUUUUAACAUCAUUUAUAGAUUGACCGGGUCACUUGUCACACUUUAUCUUUUUUAUAUUUUAGUCACACAGACACAGAUCUUAAAGCUGAAAAUGUC